CUCACCGUUAAAUGCAUUUACAUUUGAACGCUAUACAUAAGAUAAACAAAGAUAGCCAAGUGUCUGAUAACAGAGAAGUUUAGUAAGUCUUUGAUAAACAUAUUCACUUAAAGUGUAUACACGCGUACAUUUGUACAGCAAGAUGUCUUCCUUUGCUCCAACAUCUAGUAGCGACAGUUCCAAACCAGACGUCGCAAAAUACGACGCUCCAGAUGCAGAAUUUUUUGCAGGUAUUCCAAAUAUAUCCUUGAAGAAAGAUGCUGCGGUUGAUAAUUCUCUUGUCUACAAACAUUAUGAUGCAAAAAAGGUGGUUAUGGGAAAAACAAUGGAAGAGUGGCUAAGAUUCUCCGUGUGUUUCUGGCAUACGUUCAGGGGAACAGGUGCUGAUCCUUUUGGUUUUCCUACCUUGUUCCGUCCCUGGGAUGAUGGUUCAGACUCAUUGGCAAAUGCUAAACGCAGACUUAGAGCAGCAUUUGAAUUCUUCACAAAACUUGGAGUGAAGUAUUACACUUUUCAUGACAGAGAUGUAGCCCCAGAGGGUGCCACUCUAGCAGAAUCGAAUAAAAACUUGGAUGAAAUUACCGACCUAGCCCUCGAACUGCAGAAAAAGACAGGUGUCAAGUUAUUAUGGGCCACUUGCAAUUUGUUUGCUAACAGCAGGUAUAUGAACGGCGCAGGAAGUAAUCCAAAUGCUGACAUAUUAGCGUAUGCAGCAGCGCAGGUCAAGAAAGGACUAGAAGUAGCCAAGAAACUAGGAGCUGAAAAUUUUGUGUUCUGGGGAGGCCGCGAAGGAUACCAUACCAUAUUGAAUACCAACGUUCUUACUGAACUGACAAAUAUGGCCUCUUUUUUCAAGAUGGCUGCCGCCUACAAAAAGAAAAUUGGUUUUACUGGACCUUUGUUGAUAGAGCCUAAACCCAAAGAGCCAUCAAAACAUCAAUAUGAUUAUGAUGCCAUGACAGUUAUUGGGUUCCUGAAACAUUUUGGAUUAGAAAAUGACUACAAAUUAAACAUAGAACCUAAUCACACGACCCUAGCAGGACACAGCUACGAACAUGACAUAGUUAUGUCAUCAGCGUUUGGAAUGCUAGGUUCAAUAGAUUCUAACACGGGUUCUCCAGAUUUAGGAUGGGAUACAGAUCAAUUUCCAAUGGAUGUGAAAAAUGCUACGAUGGUGAUGAAGACAGUAUUGGAACAGAAUGGCAUACAACCUGGAGGUCUGAACUUUGAUUGUAAAGUUCGACGAGAAUCUACGGACUUAAAGGACAUGUUUAUUUCACAUAUAGGUGCAAUGGAUACAUUUGCAAGGGGACUGGAAAUAGCUGCCAAAAUUUUAACAGAUGGAGUUAUUCCUAGACAAGUCAAGGAAAGAUAUAGCAGCUAUGACACAGGUGUUGGAAAGAAAAUUAAUAAAGUUCAAACGUCGUUGGAAGAAUUAGAGGAAUAUAUAAUGAAGAAAGGAGAACCAGAAGUUGCCUCAGGCCGACAAGAACACUAUGAAUCAAUGCUCAAUUCUUACAUGUGAAGAACAAUGUUUAAUUUAGAUGUUUUAGUAGAUAUCUGAAGAUUGAUUUAGAUACUUAAUUCUGUAGCAGUUUGUUCAUGAUAGGAUUCGUUUUAUUAAAAUGUAAAAUUCAUUA